AUGACAUCCACUGGCGGCAAAGAACUUGGAAACCCGUUUUCUAUAGGAUGCACAUUCUGGAGUGGAGACGCAACAAACUCAUCGAUAUGGAAACGACAGAAACUUCAAGGUUUGCUGGCUUCAUCACACGUGAUGACUGAUUGGAAUGCUUUACAAAAGGAAGACUACACUGCGGCGAUUUCUUCCUACAAAGCUAUGAAGGGCGAGUUGCCCCAACCUUACAUCCACAUCUUUAUGAACACCUCAGACAACGGGCCAGAUCAGCAAGCCGUGCGCAAUGGAAUUCACACGAUGUUUUCAACCCGGAAUGACCUGUCCUUUGCACUGUUCUUUGCGCCUUUGUGCUUGAAGCAUCAGUUUCAUUUGAUAUCCCAGGGUCAGCUGAAACUCAUUGAUGACAUUGUUGGUGGCAAGCUAGACUUUCCUGCUCGAUGUCAAUGGAAGUACUAUACUUCAGUGGCAACCCUGUCACACACGUGGCGGGGACAUCUCAGCAAGUUACGUGACAAAUGGAUACAGCAACAUGCAAAGGAUCCUGAGUUUGCUGGUAUGCGAGCAAGCUUCAAGCUGCCUCCAUUGGCGAUUAGCGGGAGAUGGGCAAGCAUCGAUAGUGCUGAGCAGUUCUACUUGGAGACUGGCGCACAGAACGUGCGGAAACUCUUCAAAGCAGUGUUUGACAAGGAUCGUCAGAAGUUGGAAACGCCUAACGCAGCCGAGGCUGUUGAGGACCAGAAAGAUGCACUCGAUGAGCUCGCGCUUGAUGAGGCUAGAAUAUACAAGCAGAAAAUUUCCAAGUACAUCCGGCGUUCCCUGAUCAGUGUGGAAGACCAACGUUUCUGGUUUUGCAUGCACAUGGCAAACAAAACAAGAGGACCACUUAUGCAUUUUUAUCGCAUUCUGUGCACCAAGCGUGGCAAGACUGUUGCCAAACCACGUAUGCUUGUGGUAGAACUGGUGGGCCACAGGAUUCAAAGUAUCGAGCGGGAAUUUGGAAGUUUGGUGGUUUCAUUUCACACAUGGGUGAGGGCAUCGCUGGAUUUUGCUGCCACCAUCAACCGAGAGGUCGAUGACCAUGAUUCGAACCACGAGCCGCUUGAUUUAGUCAGUCAAGAUUCCAAUCGUGUCGGAUCAUUGCUGCUGGAUUUGGCAUCAGCGUCAUUGCUUCACAACGCUGCAGCCUUCAACCGGAGGGUUGUACGA